AUGGCGGCUCCGAUCAUACUCUUCUCUUUCCUUUUCUUCUUCUUCUCUGUCAACGUCUCUGCACUUAACAUCGGUGUUCAGCUCACACAUCCCACCAUUUCCCUGAGCAAAGAAUGUAGCCGGAAAUGUGAAUCAGAGUUCUGUUCAGUGCCUCCACUUUUGAGAUAUGGGAAGUAUUGUGGACUAAUGUACAGUGGAUGUCCUGGAGAGAGACCCUGUGAUGGUCUUGAUUCAUGUUGCAUGAAGCAUGAUGCGUGUGUCCAAUCGAAGAAUAAUGAUUAUCUAAGCCAAGAAUGUAGUCAGAAAUUCAUAAAUUGCAUGAACAAUUUCAGAGCGACGAAGCAACCGACGUUCAACGGUAACAAAUGCGAUGCCGAUGAAGUCAUUGAUGUCAUUUCCCUUGUCAUGGACGCUGCUCUUCUUGCCGGAAGAGUCUUCCGGAAACCCUAG